UCUCUCGUACGAUACAGACACAUUCACAUAUAUAUACACAGCUCGUUCGUUGGAAGGACGCUUUGAAUUGGUACUCGUCUUGGAACUGAUCGUACGUAUUUUAAUUUAGUAUAAUCUGUAGUCGCAAUAAUAAAAUGUAUGCUGCGAAAAUCCAAUCUCCAAUAAAUUAUUUCCUAGUUGAAGUUUAACUGUUGAGAUGUUAGGGGAAGAGAAUAAAGAUAGGCCCGUCAGAGGGAGUUGGAAAACAUACUCACGGUCGGUUUCGUGGAGUGAUGGAUCACCUAGAAAGACGAAUUCUAGGCCACAAUGGAACAGCAAGGCUCGGGCUUGUUUGCCGCCCCUUCAGCCUCUUUCGGUUACUAGACCUAGCGGGGAGGAAUGGCCGAGGGCUGGCUCAGAUGAUAUUGGCAUAUGGGCGAACCCCCCUACUACUCCUGGUGCACGGCUUGGAUCAUUGACGCCUCGUGGAAAUUCAAAUUCCAAACAACCUCCCAGAGAAUUUGAGUUCAAGAAAGAUAAGCUUGCAUUCUUUGAUAAGGAGUGCUCAAGAAUUUUGGAUCACGUAUAUUUAGGAAGUGAUGCUGUUGCAAAGAAUCGUGAAAUUUUAAGGAAGAAUGAAAUAACCCAUGUGCUGAACUGUGUUGGGUUUGUUUGCCCUGAAUAUUUCAAGAAUGACCUUGUUUACAAGACACUUUGGCUGCAGGAUAGCCCAUCUGAGGAUAUCACGAGCAUUUUCUAUGAUGUUUUUGAUUAUUUUGAAGAUGUUAGAGAACAAGGUGGGCGAGUCCUUGUUCACUGUUUCCAAGGGGUGUCUCGGUCGUCCUCUUUGGUUAUUGCUUAUCUUAUGUGGAAAGAGGGGCAGAGCUUUGAGGAUGCAUUCCAGCAUGUUAAAGCAGCACGAGGAGUAACUAACCCAAAUUUGGGAUUUGCCUGUCAACUUUUGCAGUGCCAGAAGCGGGUACACGCCUUGCCUCCAAGCCCAUCUUCGGUGCUUCGUAUGUAUCGAAUGGCACCUCAUUCCCCAUAUGAUCCCCUUCAUCUUGUUCCGAAAAUGUUGAGUGAACCCGGGUCAGAAAGACUUGAUUCUCGUGGAGCUUUCAUUGUUCACGUUCCUUCCGCAAUAUUCAUCUGGAUAGGGAAGAAUUGCUUCAAAGUGAUGUCGGAUAAAGCGAUGUCAGCUGCAUCUCAAGUUAUCCGUUAUGAAAAGGCCUGGGGUCCAGUUAUAACCGUCAACGAAGAUGAAGAAACAUCUGAAUUCUGGGCUGCUCUUGGCUUGAAAAAACAGUUAGCAGAUGGUUGUGACAGAGAGAUAACAGACAGAGUUGGGCUUGCAGUUUGUCCAUCCAUCUGUCAAAGGAAAGUUGUUGAGUAUGAUCAAGAUUUUGGAAUUUUUCACAAAGCACUAUCCGGUGGAAUUGUUCCACCUUUUCCCUUAUCGGGAAGUGGAUCCGAGACAUGCAUACCUGCUAGAGAAAAUGGUUGGAGCAGAUUGAGAAGAAAGUUGACCAGUGGUGUUAUGAAAGAACUUGUUGCGUCGUCUAAAUUGAAUUGCAAUUUGACUCAAGCAAGUGAUGAAGCAGAUAUAAUAGAUACUUGUAAAGAAGUUCUGUUGCCUUCUAGUCCUCAGUGCAAUUCACCCGAUUCCUUUGCUUCGUACAAAACUGAAAGCCCUGUUGCACUAAUGGAGAAAGUGGAAUACUCGGUUCCCCUUACUGAUACUGUACUGUCACCAUCACCUUCGCUCAGUUCAUUGGAUUCUUUUAGUUCUUAUCUUGUGAGUAAACCGAAGUCCAGAUCAACAUCCCCAUCACUUUCACCUUCAACCUCAGAUUAUUCAAGUUCAUUUACCUUUUCACCCUCAUCGUCUAACUGGUCAGACUUAUCAUAUUUGUCAGCUCACCCUUCACCUUCUGGACUAGAGUUCAAAGAUCCUGUUAAGAACGGUUCCUCAGAGGAAAGUGCAUGUUUACCUCUUCGAGGAUCUUCCCCUCUGCCGGAAGAAGCAUUUUCCGCAACUCGUGCUUUGAGAGCAGCAAGUUUUUCGUUUAGAACGUCACCCUCCCUUGCGGAGCGCAGAGGAAGCAGUCCUCCUCCUCGGAUGAUGUUACCUUCAGUGGAUGAGGCAUCACAUGCUUCAACCAAUUCGAUGAGCUUGUCAUUUUACAUAGAAGAUGAAAUUAUGCAGGAUAUUGAAUACAAUAACUUUAAACAUGAGAGAUCUUUGGAGACAAAUAGAGAAGACCCAGCAUAUGGUGCUCACAGCUAUGCUGCUGACAAUGAUCCUUUUGAGUUUUGACGCAAACAGUGCUGGUGUUUUAUACAUUUUUUAAGGCACGAUGAGCUGUGGAAAGGGCUCCGUUAGUCGUUUGAUCAGUAAUCAUAGAAGAUGCGAAGAUAGCCGUGCCUAGCAGGAGAUGGUUGGUCGUGCUUUUCUUACGGAGAAUGGUUUAAGUUCAAACACUUCCAUUCAGGUACUUGGAUGCUAUGGGCCCAUUUGGCAGGACUUCUGCUAUUGCUUCUAAAGAGCUUCCUGUGAAAGUUACUCUUGUAGCCAAACAAUGCACUUCCAAAGAAUUAUCCAGACAUGUUGAAAAAUAGUUUUCUUGUUUUAGAAGCAACUUUUGACUUUUCAAAAGUACUGUCAAACAGGCCCUAUAUCAUUUAUAUCUUGCAUAUGUUUACACUAGGGACAAUCUAUUGGAAGUUACUUUUACUUUUUAUGUUCGGAUAUAUAAUGAGUUUUGUUAGAAUUGAACUGUAAAUUUUUUAUCAUUGUGAAACUUUUGGAAGAUAAUUAGUUUAGCAGCAGUUAGAUAAAAGGCAUCAGAUUCUUGAACAAAUUUCGGUUGUUCAAAUAUUUAUGCUUUCUUGUUGCGUCAACGUCUGUAUAUUUAUAUUAUUACUUACCAUACGCUUCACUUUUU